AUGUCCCCCUCGACCCUUGCCAAAUGUCCCCCUCGACCCUUGCCCUAUGUCCCCCUCGACCCUCCCCCCGUGUCCCCCUCGACCCUCCCCCCGUGUCCCCCUCGACCCUUCACCCGCGAUCCUUGCCCCAUGUCCCCCUCGACCCCCAUGUCCCCCUCGACCCCCAUGUCCCCCUCGACCCUCCCCCCAUGUCCUCUUCGGCCAUUCCCCCGUGUCCCCCUCGACCCCCAGGUCCCCCUCGAUCCCCAUGUCCCCCUCGACCCCCAUGCCCCCCUCGACCCCCAUGUCCCCCUCGACCCCCAUGUCCCCCUCGACCCCCAUGUCCCCCUCGACCCCCAUGUCCCCCUCGACCCCCAUGUCCCCCUCGACCCCCAUGUUCCCCUCGACCCCCAUGUCCCCCUCGACCUUGCCCAAUGUCCCCCUCGACCCCCAUGUCCCCCUCGACCCUUCCCCCGUGUCCCCCAUGUCCCCCUCGACGCCCAUGCCCCCCUCGACCCCCAUGCCCCCCUCGACGCCCAUGCCCCCCUCGACCCCCAUGUCCCCCUCGACCCCCAUGCCUCCCUCGACCCCCAUGCCCCCCUCGACCCCCAUGCCCCCCUCGACCCCCAUGUCCCCCUCGACCCCCAUAUCUCCCCCUCCCCCCAUGUCCCCCUCGACCCUCCCCCACAUCCGUCGCGGCGUUGGUUGCGUCACGGCCCGUCUACUGACCUUUCCGUCUUUGGCUUCUUCCUCGUGCUCUGA